AUGCCGAAAGGAAAGUGGAUCGACAAGAAGACGGCCACACACUUCACCUUGGUGUACCGCCCUCAAAAUGACCCGCUCAUCCACGACGAGUCGGCACCGGCCAUGGUGCUCAACCCGACGCAGCGGCCUAACAAGUCAAAGGGCAAGGGGCUAAGCGACCUGGCCUCCGAACUCGGCUCCGACGCGCUCAGCAUCCGGGACAACGAAGGCGAGGCGGCCAACUACGGCAUCUACUACGAUGACACUGAGUACGACUACAUGCAGCACAUGCGAGACCUGGGUCAGGGGUCCGGUGAGGCCGUCUUCAUCGAGGCCGACCCGGUCAUCAACAAGGGCAAGGGCAAGCAGAAGCAGUCGCUCGAGGACGCCCUGCGGCAACUGGACCUGCAGAACCAGUCCGAAGAUCUGCUCGACGGCGAAAUCCUACCCAACAAAAACCUCCAGCGGCUCACAUAUCAGGCGCAGCAGGACGUGCCAGACGCGAUUGCCGGGUUCCAGCCUGAUAUGGAUCCGCGGUUGCGGGAGGUCCUGGAGGCGCUCGAGGACGAAGCCUACGUGGAUGAGGAGGGCGGCGAGGAUAUCUUUCAGGAGCUGGCCAAGGAUGCAAAAGAUCUGGGUGGUGAGCUGGCUCCGGACGAGUUUGAGGAGUCGUAUGAGGACUUUGAGGACGAUGACGGCUGGGAGUCGGACCGGACGGUGAAGGCGACGAGGGAACAUACGAAGGAGGACGGCGGUGCGCCUCAGCUUACCGAUGCGAACGAGGAUAAGCCAGUGGAAGGCGCGUCAGAAGAUUGGUUGGAGGAAUUCAAGAAAUUCAAGAACGACCAGAAGGCGGGAAAGAAGCCCAGGGCGGCGGCCACGCCAUCUGAGUUGCAGUCGUCAAUAUGGACGACCACGACGAACGGCGGGCGGAGGAAGACGAGGAAAGGAGCGCUGACGAACCCGUCCGCGUAUUCCAUGACGUCGUCCUCUCUCGUCAGAACCGAGCAGCUAGGCAUUUUGGAUGCGCGGUUCGAGAAGAUUGAGGAGGAGUACAACGCGGAUAUGGACGAUUUGGGGUCCGUGUCGGCGGUGUCCACCAUGUCGACGGUUCAGGGUCCAACGCGGCAAGACUUUGACGGCAUGCUGGACGAGUUCUUGAACGACUACUCGAUGCGUGGCAAGAAGAGAGUGAAGAAGGGGAAGUGGAAGAACGGGCUGCAGGAGUUUGACGAGAUUAGGAAGGAACUAGGGCCCCCGAUCAUCCCGGCGAAGUAUCGGUAG